AUGAGCGGGGGCAGCACCGUCGCGGCCGUUGGCGGUGCAGCGGCGGCGCUACGGUCGGCCGCCGCCGCCGGCGACCUCGCCACGUGCCAGCGCCUGCUGGGGGCGGCGAAAUGCGCCCGCUUCUCGCGCGACGAACACGGACGCACCGCCCUUCAUCUGGCGGCGGGCGGCGGCCGCGUGGCGGUGGUGCGGCUGCUGCUGGACGCCGCCGCCCCCAGGGAGGUGGACGGACCGGACGGGGCGGGCUGCACGGCGCUGCAGAGGGCGGCGGCUGACGGACACGAGGAGGUGGUGCGGCUGCUGCUGGCCAGGGGGGCGGACGUCGACAAGCAAGACACGCUGCAUGGCAACAGCGCAUUACACGAAGCUGCGUGGAAAGGUUACAGCCGAAGUCUGCGCAUCUUGGCGGCGUCGGGCGCCAAGUUGUCCGUCGUAAACGCCGGGGGAUUCACAGCGUUGCACCUGUGUUGCCAGAACGGCCACAACCAGUGUUGCCGCGAGUUGCUUUUGGCAGGUGGCAAUCCGGACACGCAGAAUAAUUACGGCGACACGGCGUUGCACACGGCUGCGAGGUACGGGCAUGCGGGUGUCACCAGGAUUUUGAUUUCUGCGCAGUGCAAGGUCAGCGAGCAGAAUAAAAAUGGCGACACUGCCCUGCAUAUUGCGGCGGCUAUGGGACGCAGAAAGCUGACCAGGAUUUUGUUGGAAGCGGGUUGCGAGAGGAGUGUGAGGAACAAGCAAUGUGAAACUGCCAGGGACAUAGCCUUGAGGAAAGACUUGCGCGAGAUAGUGCCCAUAUUGGAGGAUAUAGUCCCGAAGAAGGAUAAAAAGUUACAGAAAGCAGCCAAGAAGAGGUCCAAAAGCAAAGUUAGAUUCGAAGGAAAAGACGUUGUAGAUAGCCCCGAAAAACCCAAAAACUGGUCUCCUUACGGAUGCCACUACUACCCCGACCCAGAAGCCUUUCCUUCGCCUAGAUUAGACUCCCUACCUCACGAGCCUUUGAAAAAAGGCGAACAGUACUACCUAGACUUGGCCGGCAACAUUUGCAAAGGCCCUGUGGGUGUGGGCUACACCUGCUACUGCGCACCGCUGUUCAGGCACAUCGAGGCCAAGCUCGAAAAGGACAAGAAAGAGUUACAAAGAGCGCAAGUGCGUUUAGGACAGCGCGUGGCAGGUUUAGAGCAAAAGUUAAACCGCGGUUCGCACGCUAGACGGUCGGAAAGAGUUCAACCCACAACGUCCAGGGAAAUUGAGCCCAAUUUGGUGCGUAGCAGAAGCCUGGAGAUGCUGGACAACAUUGAAAUCGCCCCCCUACAAACUACAAGGAGUAUGGACGAGCUUGACCCCGUGAUCGCAGACGCAGACUCCAGACCCUCGGUGAAGGAACUCGUAGCCAGGAUCCAGCAACAGGUGAACAGCAACUCGGGGGGCAACAAUUCCGAGUCUAGCGACGACGAGGACGCCCCCUUGCGUAUGACGCACCAAAAGGGGCCGAUGGGCGACUCCAACAUGGCGUCGGUUGGGCUGCAGAUGCCCAAUUACGAGAACGUGCCCACCAAUGAAGCGCCCAGGUCCAGGAGCGGGUUGUACAAUCCUAACGGUGGCAGUACUGCUCUUAUCGACUCGAAUACCAGGUACAUCGAGCCAAUCGUGAAGAUACAGGAGUCUAAUAUAAGGUAUAACGACACUUACACCAAGUACAUGCACCCAGCCCCUUCGGGCGCCAAACUGGACCCGCGCUACCAGCACCAAGCGGCACCGGAAACCCGCUACCACCAGCCGGAAGGCGACUUCCGGCUGCAGUACUACGCCGCGCAGGAGAUCCCGCCCCCCGCCCAGGCCUACUACGACCACGGCGUGAACGCAAGGCUGGCCAAGCUGCGGCUGCUCGACGGCGCGAAGGCUCACGACGCGAAGACGCCGCUCGAGGGGACGUCGCGACGCCUCGACACGACGCGCUACGACCAGAACCACAACGACCACGUCGACAGGGACACGAACAACGAUUCGGGGUACUCCACCAAGGUGUACGGCAGCAGCAAGGGCAACUCGCCCAGUUUGUCGGGGCAGAUAGACAACGAGUGCAUUGGCGCGUCCAGUUUGGUGUGA